AUGAUGUGGCUUGGGAUCCUCGGGCUGCUGGCCUUCUCAGAGUGCCUAGUCAUAAUCCCCUUAACGAAGAUCAAGACCUUGGGAGAAACCAUCAGGGAGAAAAACCUGCUGACACAUUUCCUGGAGGAGAACAUGGAUGCGUGGUCACAAAAUGAAACUGAUGACCCCAAAUUUUCUCUUCAUCCACUGAGGAGCAUCUGGGCUCUGCUCUACUUAGGAAACAUUACCAUUGAAACGCCCCCUCAGGAGUUCAGGGUCAUCUUUGACACAGGCUCAUCUGACUUGUGGGUGCCCUGCAUCUACUGUUCCAGUUCCACCUGCCAUGAGUACCUCACCCACACCCUGCCCCCACCCAUCUUAUACUCACACUCCCACCCACCUUUCCUUGGCACCUGA